AUGCGGCCGGCAGCAGAAUCGCGAGAUUUGGAACAGUCUACAAUCGAGAAGGGUAAAGCCAUUCACCAUGAGUAUUCCUGCAACAUGUCGCAGGACGACGUCGAUUUUCUUGAAAGCUUCAGCGACAAGCGCAAGGAGAUUGUUAUUCGGAAAAUUGAUUUGCGGUUGUUGCCCGUGCUUAUUCUGCUCUACCUCAUGGCGUAUUUGGAUAAAACCAAUAUUGGCAAUGCGAAAAUCGAGGGCAUGACGGCUGACCUCAACAUGCAUGGCAUCAUGUACAAUGUGGCUGUCGCGAUUUUCUUUAUCCCAUUCAUCCUUUUUGAGGUUCCAUCAAACAUGAUUCUACACAAGGUCCCCAGGCCGUCCGUCUAUAUGGGAGGUAUCGUCAUCGCAUGGGGCAUCAUUAUGACUCUGACCGGUAUUGUACAAAGCUACGCCGGACUGCUUGCGACUCGCUUUUUGUUGGGAAUAUUCGAAGCCGGCUUCCUUCCCGGUGCCAUCCUCAUCAUCUCCAAUUGGUAUCUUCCUCAAGAGACCCAAGUCCGCAUCGCAAUCUUGUACACAUCCGCCGCAACUGGCGGUGCCUUCUCCGGUCUUCUUGCCUUUGCGAUUGGUAAGAUGGACGGCAUUGCUGGACUUGAUGGUUGGCGAUGGAUCUUCAUUCUGGAGGGCAUCUUCACAGUCACCGCAGGCGCGCUGUGCUUCUUGAUGCUCUGCGACUCUCCUGCACUCUCAACACGCUGGCUGGAUGCCGAUGAGAUUCGCUAUCUGGAACUACGGCAGCUUGCCCGUCGGCCUGGUAUCCCUCGCGACAACGCAAAGAAACACUUUAACCUGGCCAUCUUCAAAGACAUUUUAUGCGAUUACAAGAUCUACCUUCUUGCCUUUGCCAACUGGUCAAAUGCAGUGCCAAACUACGCAAUGAAGUUCACCAUGCCAACAAUACUCACCUCAAUGGGUAUUCCUGGAGAUAUCUUUCUCGUCGGUCCACAAACUUGUGUUGUGGUCGCAUUCUCUGCCUUGUAUGCCCUGUCCUCGGACAUCAAGAAUAACGUUGCCGCCGCCUACUUUGCUAUCUGCUUAUCAAUGUUCGGGCUCUACCCCAUACUGCCGGGCGUAAAUGCAUGGAAUAUUGCAAAUACCCCUGAUCCUACCAAGCGCUCUAUCAGCAUUGGGCUUCUUGUGUGUAUUGGCAACAUUGGUGGCCUCAUUGGAUCCUACAUCUACCUUGACCGAGAAGCGCCGCGCUACCCCACUGGAUAUGGAACAUCGCUUACAUUUGCAACCACCGGAAUUGUGGCCGCGACAUUGCUGGAAUUUCUGCUUCGGCGGAGCAACCAGAAGAAAGCGCUGAUGACGGACGAGGAGGUCAGGGAGAGAUACACGGAAGAAGAAAUGCACCACAUGGGCGAGAAGAGCCCGUUGUUCAAGUACGCUCUUUAG